AUGGCGGCUGUCGACUACGUCCUCCUCGAAAAUGCCGUCGGCUAUUCGAUCUUUGAGGUCGUUAUGCAACCCGAGACCAUUGGAAAUCGUCUCAAGGAGGUCCAGGAGUCUAUUCAGGACCUGGCAAAGUUCGGAAAGAUGGUGAAAUUGGUGUCCUUCGCGCCGUUCCAGGGCGCAGCGCAUGCUCUUGAGAAUGCCAAUGAUAUCUCUGAGGGUAUCAUGUCUGAGUACCUCAAGACUCUCCUACAGGCCAACCUCCCCUCUGCAAAGAAGAAGAAGGUCGUGCUCGGAAUCGCAGACAAGAAUCUCGCCACUUCCAUCAAAGCCGACUUCCCCAAUGUCCAAUGCGAGACCAAUGAAGUCGUCCAGGACCUCAUCCGUGGUCUGAGGCUGCACUCCACCAAGCUCCUCAAACAAUUGCAGUCCGGCGAUGUCGAGCGUGCAAGUCUCGGUCUCGGUCACGCUUUCUCCAGAGCUAAGGUCAAGUUCUCUGUCCAGAAGAAUGACAACCACAUCAUCCAAUCCAUUGCCCUUCUCGACCUCCUCGACAAAGAUGUCAACACCUUCGCCAUGCGCGUUCGUGAAUGGUACUCCUGGCAUUUUCCCGAACUCGUCAAGAUCGUCAGCGACAACUACCAAUACGCCAAACUCGCCCUCUUCAUCCAGGACAAGUCCAAACUAAACAACGAAAAGCUCCACGAUCUCGCUGCCACUGUCAAUGAUGAUGCUGAUAUCGCCCAGGCGAUCAUUGACGCUGCCAAGGUCUCCAUGGGACAGGACAUCUCCGAAGCAGAUAUGGAGAAUGUGACAAACUUCGCCCAGAGAGUAGUUAGUUUGACUGAGUACCGAAGGAAACUACACGACUACUUAGUCAACAAGAUGGCUAUUGUCGCACCCAACUUAGCAGCUUUGAUCGGUGAGGUUGUAGGUGCUAGAUUGAUCUCGCACGCUGGUAGUUUGACCAACUUGAGCAAGUACCCUGCUUCGACAGUCCAGAUCUUGGGAGCCGAAAAAGCGUUGUUCAGAGCGUUGAAGACCAAGGGAAAUACACCAAAGUAUGGGUUGAUCUACCAUUCGUCCUUUAUCGGACGUGCUGGAGCAAAGAACAAGGGACGGAUAUCCAGAUUCCUUGCCAACAAGUGCUCCAUUGCUUCGAGAAUAGACAGUUUCUCGGAUGUUCCCACCACCAAGUUCGGUGAAGCAUUGAAGGCUCAAGUUGAGGAGCGAUUAAAUUUCUAUGCCACUGGUGCCGCUCCUACAAAGAACGAGGUUGCGAUGAAAAACGCAAUGGAUCUCGCUCUCGCUGAUAUCGAUGUUGAUGUCGAUGCUGGUUCUGAUGAUGAUAUGGAUGAUGAAGAGAUCGACACUUCCAAACUUGAGAAGCGCGAAAUCCACGGCAAAGAUGAAGAAAAGGCCGAGAAGAAGAAGGAUAAGAAGGACAAGAAGGACAAGAAAGAGAAGAAGAAGGAUAAGAAGGAAGAGAAGGAGGAGAAGGAGGAGAAAGAGGACAAGAAGGACAAGAAGAAGGACAAGAAGGACAAGAAGGACAAGAAGGACAAGAAGGAAGAGAAGAAGGACAAGAAAGACAAAUCCGAAAAGAAGGAAAAGAAGCGAUCAAGAGAACCAGAUGAAGAGGAAGAAGCGCCAAAGAAGAAGAAGAAGGACAAGAAAUAG